AUGCUUUUUGGAAACUUCUCGUUGGCCUUUCUGGUCCUGUUCUUUCUUCCCUUAGCUGAAAGCCUUCAUGUAACCCCAGACAUUGCAGAUGAACAGCUGCGUAAUGUCUACGACUACAUCAUCGUUGGAGGUGGUACCGCUGGUCUAACCAUAGCCAAUCGCCUCUCCGAAAACCCAGCAGUUUCAGUCCUGGUUCUCGAAGCUGGUCCUUUGGACGACGCGAGAAAUCUUUCGAUUCCUGGAGGCCUUCUUCCUGUCCCGGGCACGAUCGGGUCAGGUGGAUGGCAAAAAUACCAAUGGGAGCUGACCACUGAGCCCCAGACCUAUCUCAGCAAUCAGAGUGUGGGAAUACCACAGGGAAAGGCUGUUGGUGGCAGUUCCAUCCUCAAUGACCUCUGUUGGUCCAGAGGCUCAGUGUCUGAUUAUGACGGCUGCGAAAAAUUAGGUAACAAGGGUUGGUCUUGGGAUGACCUACUUCCUUACUUCAAAAAGACGUUCACCUUCAAUGUUGAGCCUCAUGAUGCUCAGGAACUUCACAUAGUUCCUCAAUCAGCUGCGCAUGGACACAAUGGCUCAGUGCACGUCUCCUACCCUCAGUACUUCUAUGACCAAUCAUCCAACGUUCUCGACGGCUUUGCGGAGCUUGGUCUACCCAUAAUUGGUGAUGUGAACAAUGGGACAGCCGCAGGGGCCAUGAUCCUCUCCUCAAGCAUGCAUCCUGGUAACCAGAUGAGGUUCGAUGCUAGAGAAGCUCACUUUGACUCGGCAUCUUUGAGGUACAAUUUGCAUAUUGCAACCAACCAGACUGUCACACAACUUGUUUUGGAUAGUAACAGUGCACACAACUCGAGUCAGAGAGUUGUGGGAGUCGAGUUUGCUCCAAACAACAAGUCCAAAGCGAGAUCAGUUUCUUGUACCCGAGAGGUAAUUGUUUCGGCUGGUGCGAUCUUCACUCCCACUCUACUUCAGGUAUCGGGAAUUGGGCCGUCAGAUGUACUCAAGUCACUCGAUAUUUCGGUCAAGAUUGACCUUCCUGGCGUUGGAUAUAAUAUCCAGGAUCAUCCCAUGGUUUACGCCAACUAUUACUAUCGCAAUGAAUCAUAUUUCACCAGUGGUGAGAUAGCCGACGACGUGUAUGACGAAGUUGCCGAGGAAUACAUACGGAACAGAACAGGUCCUUGGACAGCACCUCUCAUAAACACGGUUGCAUUCCCGAGUCUUCGCUCUGCAACGAAGGACUGGAAAAAGUUCAUGGACAAGAGUUUGGGUAAUAAUUUUCCCUCAAAUGCCCCCAACUCUGUGAAGAAGGGCUACGAAGUCCAGAAAAAGAUUCUACAAGACCAAAUACUCAGCAAAGAUACAGGAAUCUUUGAGACCAUGACCUUCUCCCGCGGCACCGUCCGUCCCUCAUCAUCUUCGAUCUUCGAUCUGCCAAAACUGGACUCACGAUACUGCUCCGACCCGAUCGAUUGCGAGAUUAUUGUUCUUGGUCUCCAAAUGAACACGAAGCUGAUCCAAACCAACGCCAUGAAAGAACUCAUGCCUGAAGCGGAAUCGGCGUUUGAUACUACAGAUCAUGAAACGCUGAUGAAGCAUGUCAUGAAAAAGAUCACGACAGAGAGGCAUCCCUCAUGGACAGCAGCCAUGAUGCCCCUCGAAUUAGGAGGAGUUGUUGACCCUGAGCUCAAGGUGUAUGGCACAUGUAACUUGCGUAUUGCUGAUGCUAGUAUCAUGCCCCUGAUUCCAUCAGCCCAUCUACAAGCUAGUGUCUAUGCCAUUGCCGAGAAGGCAGCAGACACGAUUAAAUCAGCCAAACCAGAUUGUCGCAUUGGAGAACGGCUCCCUUUCCCUCCCAGGUCGCGACCAACCACCUGA